CUCUUGUCAUGCGCAGGCUUAAAAACCAUUUUGGAUCAUAUAGGUAAAAAUUAUGUUGUCUGCUAAUAUCUUGCCGUUGCCGAUCGCAUAAGCGAAGGAAUGCGUGUUUUUUUGCAAAGCUUCCACAUUUUUCAUAGAAGAGUUACCAUCAGCAGGGACAUCUUCUGCUAGCGAUGACAUGCACAGGAAUGGAAUUCGGCAACUUCGGCUGCUUCCAGUGCGGACGGAGGUGAAGGGACUUCAUCUGCUGGUGAUACAUCAAUACGGCGACGAGUGAUCCAUCGUUUUUAUUUGGCAUCUGGAUCCAGAUUUUGACGUAGUAAAUGUGAACUACGAAAUGCUGCUGCACGAAAAGGGAAGAUCGUUCUAUGGAUAUCAUGAUGGAUAGCGCUAACCCUUUGGGAUCGCCACACCUUGCCUGCAGAAUGGCCUACGAGUCCAUCGGCACGGAGGUCAUCCACGUCCUUUAGAUCGGAUCCACAAUUCGUCUCUGAGCCGCCACCUAGCUCCUCGGACGAAACGGGGACCGCGUCCCCGGCAUCAAUAUCAUCGGGGCAUGCCAUCAAGUCUCCACCACGACCACGAGCGCCAGACAUUCAGACACGCCGCAAGGUGAAUACCGAUGAGACCGCCUCUCUUCUAUGCAACGCGGCAGAUUCGCGCGGAAAGUACUUAUCUCAUCUACAACCUCAAUUUUGUAGGUGUACUAGAAGACGCUCAUGAUCGUGAUUCUACUACUUGUACUAGAUUUCAUGCAGUUGCGCCACUGCUAAAGACUGCGUUUGUUUUUUACGUCUCGUGGUGUAAAUAGUGUGGAGGUGGUGUGUUUUUGAGCCUAAUAUGUAUUCAUUGUUUUAUAAUGAUUACAGGUCUCUAUCACAGACCCAGACGUCACCACGGCCUGGGUUAGAGCAACGGGACAUAAGCAAGGAGGUGAGUGCUGCCCGUAGCACUGCCAUCGUUUCGAUUCUGGAGGUUGAAGAAGAUGAACAUUUCUAUAACACCUCUGCUUCGUGUGCGAGCAUCAGGAAAUAAAAAACGUCUCUAGACUAGUUUUAAGUGAUCCGAGUGCAACCUCUGCAGUUGACAAUCACAACAGCAGGUCUAUUUUGUAACACGAUUUCGUUCUGAAUCAUGAAAUAGAAAUUAUAUAUAACUUCAGUAAUUGAAUUCAUCCAGAUCCACUCGAGGUCGAGUAGGAGCACUCGAUUCAGCUUCUGGUUCCUUUUUAAUGAAUGACCAUCAUUGGGACAGUCAUCAAGCAUAUUGAUUGCCUACGCCAACCUACACAAAAAUAUUUGGUCGCUGCUGACUAAAUCUAGUAGGUGUACUACUUGUAUACAGUUGGAGAAUAAUGAUCAGCGACGUCAGCAACACGCGGCCACGUUUCAAAGUUCUUAUAUAUAGAGCAAGUGCGUUACAACUUGCGGAGGCGCAGUUGGCGUCCACAGCGUGAAGAGCAUGCGGUCGAACAGGGAACGACAUUUCCCAUUUCGGGGGAAUGAACCUCCAUUGAAGUUGUCCGGCAUCCAUGUUUGUAUGUCUCUCUUGUGCUUACGCGACCUUUCGUUCUCAUUAUCUCACCCGUUUUUACGGAAUCAACGGCAACAGGAAGAGGCCCUUUGGACUUGCUUCGGCGCUCGCAAUGCGGCUUUGUGAUUUUUUGGAAACGAGCAAGAGUUAUUUGCUUGCCGUUGAAGUUGAUCCAUAUCCGCAUAAGAGGAAGCAGUAACCUGUGCGCCAAGAACACUGCACUGGAC